UGUCUGAGCAGGAGGAGGAGGACAGGAGUUGCUGGACAUGUAUUUAUCAGCCGUGGUGCUCCCGCAGCUGUCCGGCAGCUAGGUCCCGGGCUCACCCGACAAUGCGAUGGGUAACUGCUGGGCUUACUGUGCGGGUCUCUUCAGGAGGGAGGCCAGCAGGAUCCAAAGAGGAGGCGGAUCCAAAUAUUUCCGAAGCAGCACCACAGGGGAACAUUAUACAAUAGAGUUUGAAAAUCUGGUAGAAAGUGAUGAGGGGGAGGGAGAGAGUCCACAGCCCUGCCCGAGGCCGAUCAACGAAGAUGAGAUCAAGCACCUCAAAGAGCAUCACUAUGCUGCCAUCUCAGACAGGCAGCUUCAGAUCGACCAGAGGAUCCAAGCAGAGUUAGAGGCACAAGAGGAGAAGUUAAGGCUAGAAGAGGAGGCUAGAAAUGCCGCCCAGCGUGAGACCGCCAGGUUGGCACGUGAGCGCAAAAUGAAGGAGCUGUCUGCCCAGAGGACACGAGGGAAAGCAGGAGGCCCUGGCAGUGAAGCUCAAAGAAAACAAAACUGUGGGGAGGAGUUUGAUGUCUACCUCCAGAAUGUAAGAGCCCAGUCGGAUGCUUUCAGGAGCAACAGACUUCCCUCGGACACCAAUGUGGUGACUCCCAACACAGAGUGCAGCUGGGAUUUCACCACCAAGACUCGCUCCACUAACGAUGAUGGGACCUCACUGGAUCUAGAGUGGGAGGAUGAGGAAGGAAUCAAUCGAGCACUUCCAGCCUGGGAGAGGUCUCGGACGGAGGAGGACAUCCUGCGUGCAGCCCUGAGGCCCGGCGCCAAGCAGAUGACCAGCGGCCCGACUUCAACCUCUGAGGACUCCAACGCACUGGAGUGGGAGAAUGAUUUUGUGAGUACUCAACCAGAGGACGGUGCGAACACUGAAUUUGAAGGGUUUGUCAAUCCCGUCCUAGACACUCCCUCUGAGGACGCCUCGGACAACCAGGACAGAUAGUGUCCGUCACCAAAGGAGAAGACGUUUGCCCUCUUCGUGUCAAAGCCCACCAGCUUUUCGCCUCAUGAACUGGAAAUGUAUAACCUCGCUCUUCACAUUCUGUAACAUGAGACUGAUAUUGCGGUAAUAUGUUGCAGAUCUCUCCACUUCAGAACACUGUAGUGACAUUUUGAUCAACUACUCAGUUUUCAGUGCCUUCAUUUGCUAAAUUAGCCGACCAUUUUAUGCAUUGUGACUGAUGGAUUACAUCCAUUAUUGUCUGACACGUUUUUCAGUGAGUGCUGAUUUUCAAGCCACUGGGGCUGCUGCAGAAGCUGUGUUCUCUUCUCACCGAUAGACAUGGAGACAUGUCAAAUGUUGUGGGGUGGGUGGUCCUGCAGAAUCAUUUAUUAGGGUACUUUUAACAUCUCACAGUGGGAAUUUGUUCUCUGCAUUUAACCUUUUCAAACUACUUAGCAGCGGCGCCUGGAGAGCAAUUGCAGUUCAGAGGUCAGCACAUUGCUCAGUGGUAAUGUCAAAGGUAUUCCUGCAUGUAUUUAGACAUGAGAAGAAACCUGAGUAAGCAGAAACAUCCAAACUUCAGACACAAAAAAAUCCUCUCUCUUAACUUCCUCUUCCUUCUAUUGGUUCAUUGUGGUCCGCCAGGUAUAUUGAUUUAUUGCAUGAUGGCAAGAAAAGCAACUGGAUUGAAGUUACUGAUCAGAAACAUGAAGUAUUAGACUUAAUUCAUUUAAUGACUCAGUUCAAUACUACAGCCACAGUUUCCACAUUUGAGCCUGGACCCAUGAUUGUCUCUUCUUCAGUUGCUUGUUUAAUGUUCUUUUGAAUCAUUGGUCGCUUGCUGUGUGUCCUUGAAUAAACCGUGCAUUUUGGGAAAUGAUGUCAGCGCAUGCACUCUGACAAUAAGGCUGUGUUCAUAGCACUGACAUCAUCCACAGUGAGUUUUUAUACUGUUAGUCCAAAUCUGCUACAGAAUCAUUUUUGACAAAUAGAUUCCAUCAAAUGAAAAACAGUGUAACUCUGUAACUGAUGUAUUUUCUGGGGUUUUAACAGAUCAACCAAACGGUUACCUAAAGAGAAAUGUAUGUAACCAGGCACAAAAGCAAGUUCUGUAUUUGAUUUUAAGUGUCAGCCUCUCAACAGCCUCAUGUCCAGGAAAAUACAUGUAAAGACAGGCAAGCAUGAAAACACAGAGUCCGUCCUUUAACAAUAAUAUGAUCAGUAGUAUUAUGUUUCUAAAUGUGCACAUUUAAAUAUGUGAACAUUUGACUACAAUAGAGCUUUUAUAAAAUGGCAUAUUUAAGAACAUGCAAUGGCUUCUUGUUCAUGGGCUCUUUGUAGAACAUCUGGGUUUAUAACUGGUCUUUUUCAAAUCUGUAUUUUCCUGUCAUGUCCUUCAUCUCAUCAGUUUUUAAUUGUGAAAACCAAAUCCCCAUAACAGCACUUGGAAAUAAAAACAUCAUUGAGAAGCUACAAUUACUAAUAUUUUUAUAGCACAAAUUUACCCUGAUAUUGUAAAUGUAUUAAGUAUGUGUCAUAUAUCACAUACAGAAAGCAAACAUGUUCAGCCGUUAUUUGCUCUGACUUAUAAUAAUUAUAAUAGAUUUAUUGGUAUAGCACUUUUUCAAUCCAAGUAACAUAGAGCUUUACAACAAACGAUAUGAAAUCCACAAAGUAAAAAAUAAUAAAGAUACAGAUAACAAAAGUCAUAGACCUCAUGCGAUAAAAGCGUUUUCUAUGUGAUGAGAAGUUAAGGGGAUAAUAAUGAUGAUAAGAAUACACAACAUAGAGGCAGGAUACUGUAACAGGAGACAAUCUUGACAAAAAUCACUCUGUUUACAAUUUUCAAAAACAACACUGCUCAUUUCUGAGUGGUUCGUUUGUGGAAUUUUUUCCCGAGACAUUGUCUCAGAUAUCAAUUAUUUCUGAUCUGAUCUGGAAUCCAAACCCUGUUCCUCUAAACUAACAACAACAUUCCUAAAUCCAAAUGAUGGAAGCAAUAUAUUGUGUAUAUUGAGAUCUAAGAUUGAAUGCAAGGACGUUAUCAACCAUGUGAACGACUGUGGACCUGAACUGUGUCGUGUUCUGGACUUAAAGUGAUCCAGUGCUGCUCUGACUAGUGAUCUGCUGUAUACAUUACUGAGCAUUACAUUUUUAUAACCUGACAUGUUGAUUCAUCACACUUAGUUGUUUGAGCACAAGACGAUAGAGUUUCACAUUGAUUAUUUAAUUUGUUUGAAUCAGUAGUUGACAGAUUGCACUGUAAUGUAUCCAGGUUUGAUUUGGUUUUAAUAGACAUUCACUGAAAUGAUGUGUGAAGAGGAAACUGCACUUCUGUAGACGAGAGACACAGGUUUAUUCACUUCCUAAUAAAUGAGUGACAUUUAACAAUAGUAUUGUUUUUUGAACACUUUACCAUUUUCUGUUAUGCUGUGAUUAUGUGAUCAGAUUCAUCACUGUAAUUUUCUGUAAAUCAAAACUGUACAUUCCUUUCACACUGAGCCUAAGAAAAAUAAAAUAUUUCAAAAA